GUAGGCUUAACUCUCCUCCUCCUUAGUGGGCUUCCAUCAUGGCCGAGCCCAAAACUACCAUACACCACCAUGGAGAGAUUGAAGGGGGUGAACUACACUGGGCUUCCUUCCAGCAGAGGCUUGAGUCUUAACACGUGUUCCGCAGUCACGUCAGGACGGGCCGUCACGUGUAUCGCCGAGGAAGGAGAAAAAGGAGGCGCCACCUCCGCUGGGAAAGAAGGAGGGAGAGAGGUAUGUACGUUGUGCAGCAGUGCUUCCACUACCUUGGCAUUAGAACAUCGCUACUGAAGUUUACUUAUUCUUUGAGAAGCUCCAGGUAUUCAACCUGUACAACCAUGACCAAACUCAAAAAUGCAAAACGCAUUGAAGGACUUGAUAGCAAUGUGUGGGUGGAAUUUACAAAAGUAGCUGCAGAUCCCUCCAUUGUUAAUCUUGGACAAGGUCUUCCUGAUAUAUCUCCUCCUAACUAUGUAAAGGAAGAAUUAGCAAAAGCAUCAUCAGUGGACAGGCUGAAUCAGUACACACGUGGCUUUGGACAUCCACUGUUGGUGAAAGCCUUGUCUCAAGUGUAUGAAAAAGUCUGUGGAAAAAAGAUUGACCCCUACACUGACAUCCUGGUAACAGUAGGAGGGUAUGGAUCUCUUUUUAGUGCAGUGCAAGGACUCAUUGAAGUAGAUGACGAAGUGAUAAUAAUAGAACCCUUCUUUGACUGUUAUGAGCCCAUGGUGAGGAUGGCAGGAGGAAGACCUGUUUUUAUACCCUUGAGAUAUAAAACUGCAGCUGGAGAUGUUGCAUCUAGUGCAGAUUGGGUCUUAGAUCCCACUGAACUUGCAAGUAAAUUUAAUUCCAAGACAAAAGCUAUUAUACUGAAUACUCCUCAUAAUCCUAUAGGAAAGGUCUAUACAAAAGAAGAACUCCAGUUAAUUGCUGAUCUCUGUAUUAAGUAUGACACCUUGUGCAUCAGUGAUGAGGUCUAUGAGUGGCUAGUAUAUACUGGCAAUAAACACAUAAAAAUAGCUACUUUGCCUGGCAUGUGGGAAAGAACAGUAACUGUAGGAAGUGCUGGGAAAACAUAUAGUGUAACUGGAUGGAAGCUUGGCUGGUCUGUUGGUCCUCAACAUCUGAUAAAGCAUUUGCAGGUCGUUCAUCAAAAUACACUCUAUACAUGCCCAACUCCAUUACAGGAGGCUGUGGCACAAGCACUUUUGAUAGACUUGAAACGCAUGGAUGAUCCAGACUGUUACUUUUAUUCAUUACCCAGAGAGCUGGAAGGCAAACGGAACCGAAUGGCCCAAAUGCUCCUGGAAGUUGGACUGAAACCUGUUGUUCCAGAGGGGGGCUAUUUCAUGAUUGUUGAUGUAUCUACACUAAAUGUAGAUCUUUCUGACAUGGAGCAAGGUAAACCUUACGACUAUAAAUUUGUCAAAUGGAUGAUAAAAUCUAAGAAACUGUCAGCUAUUCCCCUGACUUCAUUUUGUGGCCCAGAAACAAAAGAUCAGUUCGAGAAAUACAUACGUUUUUGCUUCAUCAAAAAAGACAGCACAUUGGAUGCAGCAGAGUUUAUUCUGAAGAACUGGAGUAAACAUUAACUUUGGAAUUAAAGCUUAUGUUAUUAAAAAAAACAAACAAACAAAGGAAUAUAGACUGGAUCAUUAAAAACAGAUCUGGAAUUUCAUAAAGAACAUUUUUUUAAAAAUUGCACAAUGGUGCCAUCUGCUGGAUAUAUAGGAUUAAUAAUGUAAUUUUGAUAUUCUCCAAAUUAUGGACUACAUCCUGAAACAUUAAGUGGAAUCUUUCUCCAUCUUGACUUUUUUUAACAUGCUAAAGCAAAAUAGAUGCAGACUAGAUGCACCAGAGCCCAGACUUGGAUAGGUCCUUUGUACAUGAUCAAGGUAUUAUGUGCUUAUUGUACAGUUAUGGUUUCUCUUCCUCCCUCCCAAAUAGCACUCAUUUUGUAUGCCAGUCUCAGGCACUUGAAGGCUAAAUACAUCGUUGGAUACACAGGUCCAGUUCAAAUUCCCUAGUACACAGAUCGAGUACAAAUUCUUCACAUGUGCCUCUCUAAAGACCAUUGUGCAUUUACAGUUACAGGAGACAUUUUUCACCUCUACCAAGCCACAGCAAAUCAUACCAUCGUAACACUGCCGGGAAGGGUAGGAGUUAGGAGCGUGUCUGUUGUUAAAUUUCCUGGUAAACAAAUACUCUUGGAGGCCUCUGCUAGCCUCUAUUCACAAUGUUCAGAUAUUAUUGACCUAAAUAAUGUAUUCAAGUAAUAAUGUAAUAAUAAAAUAAUGUAAAUGAG